CCCUCCGAACGUCUCAUACUCUAUACAUAGAGGUACACAAACGUUACCUAACCAGUUAAAUUAUAUUCAUUGUGCACGCCGCACGUGAGAACUGAGCCCAGUGUGCGCUAAAAGAUCGCGGAACGAUGUUUGUGCCGUGGGUCUUAGCAACCUUCAUCGGCGUCGCGGCCGCGCGGUCCGCGUCUUCCAUCGACUUUACUCCCGUCAACGAAUUCACCUUCCAACUACUAGACAAUACUUACGCCUUCCAAGAAAAUUUUGGCACGAAAAACAUUGCACUAUCACCGUUAUCAGUAUGGAGUUUAUUCGCGUUAUUAGCCGAAGGAUCGUCCGGUGAAACGUUUUCCGAAUUAGUGAGUGCGUUGAGAUUACCAACGGAUUUAAGUAAAACUCAGUGUUUGCAUUCAGCUGCGACCGAUGUGUUGAAGUCCCAGUACCAGGACAUCAUAGUGAAAGGACAGUCAGCUAUGUUUACUGAGUGUUCCACUAAAGUGCACGAUGAGUUCUGUCAGUCUGCGUUGCGUUACGAGACAUCGAUUUACUCAGCUGAAACGAAGAAUACAACUGAACUCGCUCAUGAUAUUAAUGUGUUCAUCUGCUAUGCUACUGAUGGGAGAAUCCUCAAUGCUGUGAAACCUCAAGACCUUGAUAACUUGCGUAUGGUAUUGAUUGACGCUUUGUACUUCAAAGCAAACUGGACUCAUCCUUUCGAUCCUACUCAAACGAAAGUGGAAUCUUUCUACAACACACAAGGCAAGACAAUAGGAUCUGUAAACAUGAUGUACCAUAAGGCCCCUCAUAACGUUGGAGACGCAGAUGAAAUCAGUGCUCAAGUUCUAGAAAUGACUUAUGGAAAGAACGAGGAAUUCUCAAUGCUGAUCAUCUUGCCAUACGAUGGAAUUUCAGUUAAAACUGUGCUACAUAAUUUAGCAACGAAAUCUCAGAACUGGAUGACGGAUUUCAAAUCUGAAGGAGGUUUACCGGCUAUAGAUACUUACAUUCCAAGAUUCAGAAUAUCUUCAAGACAGGAUUUGAUACCGCCUCUUAUGUAUUCGGGGAUUACUUCAAUCUUUGACAGAACGAAAGCGAAGCUCCCUGGAAUUGCUGACAACCCUCUAUAUGUUACAUCUUCUAUACAGAAUGUAGAAGUGGAAGUUAAUGAAGAAGGUACGGUAGCUGCUGCAGCAACUGUAGUAGGUCUAGAAGACCGGAUCCUAGGACAGAGGUUCGAAGCAAAUAAAGAGUUCAUAUUCCUAAUCAAGCAGAGGAGUUGUAAUGUUAUUCUUUUUGCCGGUGUGUAUGGAGAACCCAUUGUUGUGUGAAAGAAAAAAAAGUGAUUAAAAUAGUGACAAAUUGUUUUCGUAGUUCAAAAAAAUCAUGGGGUUCAAACUACCAGACAUUUUCGUAAAGAAUCUGAAGGCGAUUCAACCAAAAUGUGUUUUAAAUAUCUUUUUCUUUUUAUUGCUGUCGUUAUUGAAGGAAGAUAUUAUAAUGAUGUGCAGACAGGCGCAUAUGUAAGCUGUCAAUAAUGCAAUAAGAAUGAUAAAUUAGUCACAGAUAAAAUUCAACAAGUGAAUAACGGCAUCUUCAUUGAGAUUAAUGAAUAUUUAUGUAUUUUAGGACAAAUUGGACAUUUAACAGUUUCAUAUAGUAAUUAUGUUUUUAACCUCGAUCGACGUACCUACGUCAUAACAUGCUUAGUCGAUCAGUUAAACUAUAUGUAAGUAAGUAAUGAAAUGAAAUGAAUUUAUUAUUUAAAUAUGUUACAAGACAGCACUUUAACACGUCAAGUUAAUAAUAUGUUUAUUCUAAACGAGGCCGGCAUUUCCCAACUGCCUACAAAGUCAGAGGACCAUAUUUUUUAUACUCCAGAUAACUGUAAAAAAAAAUAUGAAAACAGUACAAGACAAUAUGUAAUUGUUUCUCGAGGAUGUUUUUAUCCAUUUGAAGUGGGAAUAUUAAUAGAGUUACCAAAUUAUGUAGCAAAUAUAAAACAAAAUAGAUAAGGCAAAAUAUUCUUGUAGUAAGUAACUGCUGACCAAAUGGCUCUUCUUACAUGGAGAAGGUUUGAGCAUUAAUUGCCACACUUGCUAAAUGCGGGUUGGCGAUU